AUGGAUGCAGAAUUAUAAAAAGAACGAUUGAAACCUAUUCGUCGCCAUGGGUGUAGUGAUCUUUAACUCUAUUAAGCAGUAAGUUGGUUAUACACAGUUAUUGACAUGAUCAUAUCAUUUAUGAUAGCAUUUAUGAUGGAUGAAGGUCUUAAGGUUAAUAAUGCAAAAUUAACAAUUUAGGAGUUUAUGUUAAUAGUCCUCACCAUUCUUAUAACUGGCAUCAUAUUUACAUGCUUAAGAGCUACACUCAUAGAUCCUACUGACAGUAUAGUUUUGAAGGAGCAAAACUUAAAAUCGAAAGGGUGCAUCAUUAUAUGUAUUUUUAGAUUGGAAUUCAAAACAGAUCUUAAAACAUAUUGUUUAGUAUGUUAAGCACAUGUGAUGGAAAAGUCUAAGCAUUGUUUUAGUUGUAAUAAGUAACAUAUUAAUUAAUAAGGUGUGUUGAACUUUUUGACCAUCAUUGUAUAUGGUUAAAUAAUUGCAUAGGCAUUAAGAACUACAAAUACUUUUUCAUCUUAGUGGUAUUACUUGUAAUUUUCAAAUGCUUAAGAAUUAUUCAAGAUAUACUACUCUUAUUAAAUUCUGCCUUCUAAAUUCUUGCUCUAAUUAGCAUUAUUCUUGAUCCUCCAAUCCUUAUUGUUCUUUCUUAUUUACUUGGAAUGCACCUUUUCUUCAAGUAAAAACAUAAAUAUAAAUAUAAAGAUACAAAGGUAUUUCUACAUAUGAUUGGAUUAAGAUGAAAAAAGAUAAAGAGAAAUCUAAAAUAUAAUAAAAGUAAUAACUACCAAAAAUGAAUGAAAGUGUAGGUUAUGGAUAAUUGUUAUCUACUUCUAAACGUUUUGAUUUUAAAUGUUCCUUAUCAAAUAAAACUGAUAAUAAAGUGCCUUAAUAAAAUUUCUUUCCUAAAGCACUUCCUUAAAUUCCUAAAAAUUAGAAUGUAUCAACUCCUUAAGUUACUUAAUUAUAAAGUAUAUUUACUAUUUAGCCAACAUCUCCUAAUAAUUAAAUAUAAUUAAGAAAAGAAUAUGAAGAAAGUGAUGGAAGAUAAAUAUUUAAUAAAGUAAUAACUGAAGAUAGUGAAGCACCAGAAAAUAGUGAUUCUAGAGAUGAAGUUAAUUAAAAUGAUUAGGAUAAUGAUCAUUAAAAAUCUGAAAAAGAAUAAAAUUGA